UACUUUGUUUAGGGGCAUGAUAAUUCAUUUAAGUGUCUCAAACAAUAAAAUAUAAUAUGUUGGUGUUCAUAUCAUGUUGGUAAAAUCCUAUGUUGGUGUUCACUGUAAUAAUUUGUGAGAAUCGAUAGUUCUUCCCAGCUUCCGGUUUUGUUGGGCCAGAGUUUACUCAACAUGACGAACUCCAAAGGCUAUAGGAGAGGUACGAGGGAUUUGUUUUCACGCAAAUUCCGUAAACAUGGAACAAUUCCACUGUCUACGUACAUGAAAGUUUACAAAGUUGGUGAUAUUGUUGACAUUAAGGGUAAUGGAGCUGUUCAGAAGGGCAUGCCGUACAAGUUCUACCAUGGAAAGACUGGUCGUGUCUUCAAUGUAACACCUCAUGCUUUGGGAAUCAUUGUAAAUAAACGGCUUCGAGGGAAAAUAAUCCCCAAGCGGAUCAAUGUUCGUAUUGAGCAUGUGACUCACUCCAAGUGUCGUGAGGAUUUUCUAAAGAGAGUUAAGGAAAAUGAGCGUCUUCGAAAGGAAGCAAAGGAAAAGAAAAUAAAGGUUCAACUCAAGCGAAAGCCUGCUCAGCCACGGCAUGCCCAUGUCAUCAGUGGGAAAGUAGAACCUAUAAUGCUGGCCCCAAUACCUUAUGAAUUCAUUGCAUAAACUGUAUUCAUUGGAAUAUAUAAUAAAUUCAGUUCACUGAAAUGAAAUGUUU